AUGUCGACGCGCAGAAAAGUGGGAGUGAGCACGGCGACGACGGAGAGCGCGCGCAGGCAACUCAUGGCACCUGUCGCGUGCUGGGAGAGGCAGUGGGUUAAACCCGACGCGGGUGCCAGCUUCAAAGUGUACAGAUGGGUCAAGACAGACAAGCCACAGAAUUUCGACGACGACGAAGGUGGUGUAGAUGAGCCGCUUGCGCCUUUGCCGGACGAGCCGGAAGUGAUUGAAGACGACGAGGAUGCGCAGGACGAGACGGCUGCGGCGACGCCUGCUGCGUCUGUGGUCCCUCCCGAGGCCAUUUCACGCGCGACAUCGGAACCUGACCUGAAGGCGGAUAGUCAUACAGAGUCCAAGGCUCCGUCACCGAAGCCGCAUCCACUCUCUAUGUCCUUCGGCCCGGACGACGCCGCAAUGGAGGACUCCGCAGCGGAUGGGGCAGGGCCACUGGGCGAGGAAACUGUCGAAUUAGGAGAUGCAACCGCCACACUAGGCGCAGACGACCUGGGCGCGAGCGAUGCAGAUCCCCUCGGUACAGGCGCGUUGGGAGAUGUCGGGACGUUGGACGGCGCUCUAAGCAUGCCGCUCCCCGUCUCCGAGUCGGCACAACUCGACGAGACCACGAUCCCAGGAUUGGACAUGUCUGGCUUGGGACCCGACGGAGAGCCAUUUGAAGGUGCCCACGAGCUGUCCCAAAUGCAGCCCGAGGAUACGCUUCUGGGCGGUGGACAGCGUUCUGGUAUCCAUAGGAUUCUGUGGAAUAUUCCAUGCCAGUAUGGGUUCCACCAAGACGACACAAACGGCUGCCUGGUCAACAAAUGA